AUGCACUCACGUCUCUGGACACUUUGCCGCGUCACCAUUUCUCUUACGCUGCUGGCACUCGCGAUUCCGGUAGUGGCUCAGGAUGCGGCCCGGAACGUUCCGGUUCUGGAAGCAGUAGACGAAGUCGUAGCCAAGCAUGUCGACGACGACUUCGUUUCCGGGGCGGUUACGUUGGUGGCGGAAGAUGGCAAGAUCGUGCAUUUGAGUGCGGUCGGCCAGGCCGAUAUCGAAGCCAAUAAGCCGAUGACACGUAACACGAUGUUCGCGAUCGCUUCGAUGACCAAGCCGAUUACGGCAACCGCAUUGAUGAUUUUGGUCGAAGAAGGGAAAGUCGACCUGGACGAUCCGGUUUCUAAAUACAUUCCCGAAUUCGCCGACGUUACGUUGGAAGGAAAGCCACUGGAGAAACCGAUCACGCUGCGUCAGGUGCUGACUCAUACG